GAAUCCGAGUCCUCCAGUUCCUCACCCUCAGAAAGCCCCGCUCACUCUGAACAGGUCAGAGUGCCCACCCACUCCCAUGCUUUGGGGCACUCUUCUUCUGAACAUGGUAGCGUUAUUUCGGCCCGUCUGUUGGCGAAACAUCCUUCCGGCGACCGACAUCCAAAUCCAGACUAUCAAUCUAGAGCGAAAACAAACGCGGAAUUGCUGCAGCAAAUUCGCCAUGGCCUGGACGACUAUGAACGCACGGUUCGACGCAAGCGCUACUCAUCCAUUUGCAAGCUAGGGUUCGACGAGGAUCUUAGCGAGCUCGAAGACACCGAUUCCGUGUACAGUGACGUUAGUGAACACUCUAGCAGCUACAAAGAAAAGAUCAAUAUUGUUUCCCCCGAAGAAUUCGAAACAAUCAAACAAGCUGCUUCUUCACUUUCAACUGACGUUCCUAUAUACUUUACCGAUCAAACGCAAUCGAGCACUUUGCCAGUUGUGUCUAACGACCCCAGGACGACAACAGCAGGUUCAUCAGAACCUCUCCCCUUCUUUUAUCCCAACUCUGUACCCCCGGAGCCUCCAACCCUAGCAGCUACUUCAAAUUGGGUUCCCCCAGCACCUUUGCCCGCCUAUUCUGUCUGCUACCCUUCAACGGAGGGUGCGACGGAAUUAGGCGAAACAUACAAUACUUCCAUUACUUCCAGCCAAGCGGAGCAACAAUUGGAGGCAGAAAAUGCCGUGGCAGCCUUAGUUGCAGAGGUUUCUCGCGCUGCAGCUGCCUCUAGCAGACCUUCGAAAAAGGCUGUCGGGGAAAAACGCUCAAAACGAGCAGCCAAACGUCGCAUGACAGGUUUUUAUCCGGCUCAGGUGAACCCCACUGGUCAGGUAAAACGUGAUGAAAUGGAUGUCGGAUUCGCGUUCGACAUCGAUGCUCGAGCACCAACCAGUCAGACACAAACUGACGGUAGUCGAGGCACAACUAAAGCGGAUAAAGAUGGUGAAAGUGGACGAAGUCGAACUUCGCGAACAGUGGUGUCAAUGGCCAGCGAUAUCAGUACCUGUGGCACUACAGUCAUCAUAAGCACAGCACCUGCGGAUGAUGAUGAGUCCAGUGAAACAACUCCGGAUCAACUACCUAUUGAACCCGUUCCGUCCCAAAUAAACAAUAACCAGCCUGUCCAACGCAACACAUCGAAUACGACUGGAGGCGGCACAUCUUCGAAAACGUUUACAAGCCAUAUGAACAUGUCAUGCUUGCGUGCCGGUGGACUCACCUCUCGCCAUUACAUGCGUUAUCGGGCUGCGUGUUUGGCCGAUCGCGAACGUGCUGGUCCCGGUCAGUCUCAAGAAAUGAACACGCUCUACCGUUUCUGGUCGUUCUUUUUGCGAGACAACUUCUUCACACGAAUCUACAGAGAGUUCAGACGCCUGGCUUUGGAAGAUGCGGAAGCGGGAUACCGUUAUGGAUUAGAAUGUCUUUUCCGGUUUUAUUCCUACGGUCUAGAACGACGUUUCAAGUGGUCUCUGUACAAGGAUUUUCAGGAAGAGACUUUGCGCGAUUACAAUAACGGACAUUUGUAUGGUUUGGAGAAAUUCUGGGCUUUCUUGCACUACAGUGGUCGUCGUGUAGAAAUGGAUCCACAACUCAUGAAACUAUUACGCAAAUACAGAACCAUUGAAGACUUCCGUGCUAACUUCGAAGUUCCCGAUGGAUUCUAUGGCUACCGCAAGCGGCUGCCGUCGACUUCAGCUUCGUUGACAGUGAAUGUGCCCCAAAGAAACACAAGCAACCGCAGUUCCCCGGCUAUUCCCGAUAUAGUCUGA